AUGCGCGAUUAUGGACUCAAAUUAUUCGAGGGAAUCAGAGACACAAUGAACAUUCAACAAAACGCGCUACAGAGCUUAUUUUUUCCCAACAUUCCGCUGAAAUCAGAUCAAAGUAUGGUGCUUAGUGAUUUAGAGAGAGAAUCUUAUGAAAAAAUACCGAAAAAAACACCAAUUCAAGUUGGACCAAUUGGGACUAAUCAAACAAGAAAAAUUUUGGUCUACAAUUCGUUAUCAAGGACUCAGGAACAUGUGAUACAACUAAGGGUCAACACCAGCAACAUAAAAGUGACAGAUAAUGAAGGAAAUGAUAUCACGUAUCAGAUCAACCCUGUGUGGGAUAUGUCGGAUAUUACUAAAUUAUGGAUAACAGCAGAUGAAUUUGAAAUUGUUUUCAUCGCUAAGUUACCCGAGUUAUCAGUAACUAUUUUCAACUUGGUUUAUACAGUUACCAGUAGCGAACGUUUUGCAACAGUCUAUUGUAAGAAGUGUCAGAAACAAACAACUAUUUUGAAUAGUGGAAAUGACGUCAAUGCAGAAGUUCUUAAGUCUAAUUUUGUUAUCAAAGAUAUACCUCCGGGAGAUAUACAAUUAGAAAAUAAUAAAUUCAAGUUACUUUUCAAUGGAAACACAGGUUUCAUGAAAUCGGUUACUAGAAAACACAACCCGAAAAUCAUGCAAUGUGGAAUACAGUUUGCUGCUUACAGAAGUGCUCAGUUUCACUCUGGUGCUUAUUUAUUCAUGCCCGACCCCAACGAAAGAGACUAUGAAAAAGAUGUAUUACAACAAUAUCAAGAUCAAAAAACUAUCAUGAUCACAGCGGGUCCUAUAUCCACAGAGAUUACCGUCAUUUAUGGCCCAUUUUUAAAGCAUACUGUUUCCAUAUACUUGACUGAAAACACGAGUUUGUCUAAUGGAAUUUCCAUUGAAAACAUAGUCGAUUUCGAGAAUCCUCCCAAGAACAGAGAAACUGAACUCUUCAUGAGGAUCAUAUCAGAUGUACAAAAUGGUGAACCUCCUGAAUUCUUCUCUGAUCUCAAUGGCUUCAACAUGCAAAAACGAAUUAAAGUAGAACGAAUAGGUUUAGAAGGAAAUUACUUUCCAAUAACCACCAUGGCCUAUAUACAAGACAAUAACGUUCGAUUAAGUUUAUUGACAAACCAUGCUCAAGGUGCUUCCGCUUGGCAGCCAGGUUUCCUGGAAGUAAUGCUAGAUAGAAGAACAUUGUACGAUGAUUCUAGAGGAAUGGGCGAGGGACUCGUGGACAACAGGAAGACUGUUAGUCGAUAUUGGUUACUCAUCGAGGAUAUAUCUCAAAUUGCAUCCGCCAGUAAUCCUCAAGGUAACAGAUUCGACAAUACAGAUGACACGUUUGACAAGGGGGAUGUAGUGAGAUCGUUCAACGUACCAACUGAACCGUCAGAUGGUGGAAAGCAAGAAGGGUUCUCUCGGCCAUCUCUCUAUGCGAAUCGGAUGUCGGGCUUGCUGAAUCACCCAGCAGGAAUAUUCAUUGUCGAUCCUGAACAUCAAGUAGGUGUGAAUCAUUCCUUCAAAUUUUUCAACAAAGCCUUACCUUGUGAUGUUCAUUUGUUGACACUGCGCACCCAACCUGACCCGAUUUAUUCACAGUUUCCUGCAUCCAGUGCAUUGAUGGUGAUUCAUAGGGAAGGGUAUGACUGUGCUGUUAGUAGUAAUUUAUCUUGUGAUGUAUGUAAGUUCGAGAAAGACUUGAAUUUUGAGUUUUUGAGUGUUAAAAAUUUGGAAUUGAAAUCAUUGACUGGCUUGGACACUAUUGAUAGUUUGCAAAUACUAGGUGAUAUUUAUAUAGAACCCAUGUCUCUAAAAACUGUCAAUGUUACUUUUGGGUGGUAA